AGGCAGCACUGACAGUCCUCUGGCGAGAGUUCUAUCAACAUGGCAAAGCACAUGACCCUUUCUUUCCUCCUUGUUCUCACUAUGGCAAGCUCAUCUUUUGCCCGUCGAAAGCUUUUAGUGUUUCUGAUCGAUGGCUUUCGUUAUGAUUACAUUAAUGACAAUGAACUGGAGUCCCUGCCGGGCUUUAAAGAGAUUGUGGACAGGGGAGUGAAAGUGGAUUACAUGACCCCAGACUUUCCCAGCCUUUCCUAUCCAAAUUAUUACACAUUGAUGACUGGUCGCCACUGUGAAGUCCAUCAGAUGACUGGAAACUACAUGUGGGACCCAAGUACAAAUACGUCUUUUGACAUUGGUGUGAAUAAAGAGAGCCUGUUACCUCUUUGGUGGAAUGGAUCGGAGCCUUUGUGGAUUACCAUGACGAAAGCAAAGAAGAAAGUUAAUAUGUAUUACUGGCCUGGCUGCGAGGUUGAAAUCCUUGGUGUCAGACCUAGUUUUUGUCUACCAUAUUUCAGUGUCCCAACAGACUCCAAUUUCUCUGAUGCUGUCAGUGAUGCUCUGGAGUCAUUGAGAAAUGGCAGUGCAGAAAUGGCAGCAGUGUAUUACGAACGCAUUGAUGUGGAAGGUCACCAUUUUGGUCCUUCAUCUGUUCAGAGGAAGAACGCUUUGAAAGCAGUGGACAAAGUAUUGACCAACAUGACCAAACUAAUCAAGGACAAGGGCCUUCAGAAUGACCUGAAUGUCAUUUUGUUCUCGGAUCAUGGGAUGACUGACAUUUCCUGGUUGGACAAAGUGAUUGAGUUGAAGAACUAUAUCAAUAUGACUGAUAUUAUCCAAGUAAAGGACCGAGGCCCUGUUGUGAGCCUGUGGCCAACUAAGGAGAAGCAGACUGAGGUGCAUAAUAAACUGAAAGCUGUGCAACACAUGAAUGUUUAUAGCAUAGAAGAAAUUCCAGAUAGAUUCUAUUACAAAAAAGGGAAAUUUGUGUCUCCUUUAACUCUUGUGGCUGAGGAAGGAUGGUUCAUAGCAGAGAGUAAAGAGAAACUUCCAUUCUGGGAGAAUGGCACAGGGAAAAAAGAGGCCUGGCAGAAUGGGUGGCAUGGAUAUGACAAUGAGCUCAUGAGCAUGAGGGGAUUCUUCCUCGCAUAUGGGCCAGAUUUCAAAUCUAACUUCAGGGCGCCUUCAAUCAGAUCGGUCGAUGUUUACAACAUCAUGUGCAAUAUUGCAGGAAUACAGCCACUAUCGAACAAUGGAUCCUGGUCCAGAGUGGAGUGUAUGUUAAAAAAUAAUGCCAGUUUGGCACAGUUAUUCCAGUGGAGCAGCUGGGUGCUGGCAUUAAUUCUACUUUUAUUGUUUGCAUAACAGAUCUCAUUAGUCUGGCCCAAAACAAUAUUGGUCAGUGUGACCAGUAACUUGACUUUUUUAUUGUUGUUGUUUAGAAUUCUUUAUUUGGAUAAUGGCUUCAGUAAUAGAAUACUGUCUGGGUAAAAUGCACCUAUUCACCCAAAUUCAUCCCUCAAGUUACACAAGGGAUAAUCACAGUGGUUAUAACAAACGCAAAGCCAAACCUUGCUUUAAUUAACACUGUUGUAAAUAUGUACAGCAGCGUCAAUGAGAGCAGAAUGUAGCCCAUUGUGAGCGUGAGUGAGAAAGUUACUCCAGGAGAUAGAGAAUGAAUUCCUCCCCAUACUACCAUACCUAACUAAGGAGACGCUGUCACCUCUGCA